AUGUCCGGCCUCUUUGGCGCCGCAUCGGCGGCCUCGUCGAGCAACACGGUCGGCGAUCUCAAGCAGGACGUCGCUCUCAACAACCCACCCGAAGACAGCAUUUCCGAUCUCGCCUUCUCUCCCGCCCAGAACCAGACCAGCGACUUCCUGGCAGUCUCCAGUUGGGACAAGAAAGUCAGGAUAUACGAGAUUGCCCCCAACGGGCAGAGCGAAGGGCGGCACGCCUACGAACACGAUGGCCCAGUCUUGGGCUGCGACUGGUCCAAGGACGGCACAAAAGUUCUCUCUGGCGGCGCCGACAAGGCCGUCAAGCUCUGCGACCUGGGCUCCCAGCAGACAAUCAAGAUUGGCGAGCACGACCAGCCCGUCAAGUCGGUCCGCUUCUUCGAGUCGUCCGGUACUCCGAUGGCCGUGUCGGGCUCCUGGGACAAGACGGUCAAGUACUGGGACAUGCGCUCGCCCACACCCGCGGCGUCGCUGGCCUGCCAGGAACGCGUAUACACGAUCGACGUGCGAAACGAUCUCCUCGUCAUAGGAACCGCCGACCGGUACAUCAACGUGGUGGACCUCAAGAACCCGACAAAGUUUUACAAGACCCUGCAGAGUCCUCUCAAGUGGCAGACGAGGGUCGUCAGCUGUUUCGCGGACGCUGCUGGCUUUGCCAUUGGUAGUAUCGAGGGACGGUGCGCGAUUCAGUAUGUCGAGGACAAGGAUGCUACAUCCAACUUCUCCUUCAAGUGCCACCGAGACCCUCCCGCCAACAACGUCACCAACGUCUACGCUGUCAAUGACAUCUCCUUCCACCCCGUUCACGGCACCUUCAGCACGGCCGGCUCUGACGGCACCUUCCACUUCUGGGACAAGGAUGCCAAGCACCGUCUCAAGGGCUACCCCCAGGUCGGCGGCAGCAUCACGGCCACUACCUUCAACAAGACCGGAUCCAUCUUCGCGUACGGUAUCAGUUAUGACUGGGCUAAGGGCUUCCAGCACAACACGCAGGCGUACCCCACCAAGGUCAUGUUGCACCCGGUUCAGGCGGAUGAGUGCAAGCCUCGCCCGACCAUGAAGAAGCGAUAA